ACGAAAGCUCUGCCCUCUGGAUGGGAAAGGAACUAAGGAAGUAUUACAACAGCCAAUGACGUUUACAUUCCCCAAAAUAAUAAAAAGAUCCUCAAUUUAAUAGUGUUAUACAAGAGGGUAUCAGUAAUAUUUUCUUCUUAUUUGUCUUCCACCGUAAGCAACCCUUCCGUUUCCUCUCUCCCGCCAAAACUAAACCCUAGCCCUAACCAGAAAUGGCUCCAAAACCCAAACCCACCACCAGGGAUUCCUCAUCUUCAAUCUUUAAGCCAGGCACAUUGGUCGAGGUCUCCUCAAACGACGUCGGCUUUCGUGGGUCAUGGUUCACUGGCACAGUCAUUCGUCGUGCAUCAAAAAAGGAUCCCUUCAAAUACUUGAUCCAAUACAUCCAUUUGUUCUCAGACGAGUCAGGAACCAAACCCUUGAGGGAAAUUAUCGACUUGGGGCAGCUUCGGCCCGUGGCUCCAAGAGAGAAGAAGAGAGAGUUUAAGUUUAGUGAGGAAGUGGAUGCGUUUUAUAAUGACGGGUGGUGGGAAGGAGCUAUAACUGAGGUUAAUGGUGAUAAAUUUAAAGUGUAUUUUAGGAGUUCCAAGGAGCAGUUUGAGUUUACCAAGGAGGACUUGAGGCUGCAUAGAGAAUGGCUUGGUGGCGAUAAGUGGAAACCACCCUUGAAGGAAGAAGAAGAAGAAGAAGAGAAUGGAAAGGUGUCAACGGAAAGCAAAACAGAGGACAAGCAUGACAAAACUGUGACUGAAGUGAAAUUUGACAAGGGGGCAUUAGUUGAGGUUAGCAGUGAUGAAGAUGGUUUUGAUGGUGCUUGGUUUGCUGCAACUGUUGUUGAACCAGUUGGGAAGGACAAGUAUCUUAUUGAGUACCAGAGCUUGAGAACGGAAGAUGAUACAGAGUUUUUGAGGGAAGAGGUUGAUAUUCUGCACAUACGACCUUCUCCGCCAGAUACUGUGGUGGUCGAUAGCUUCAAUAGGCUUGAUGAGGUUGAUGCUUUGUAUAAUGAUGGUUGGUGGGUGGGUGUGAUUUCCAAGGUUCUUACCAACUCAAAGUACAUAGUCUACUUUAAGAACACCCUUGAGGAAAUGCAGUUCGAGCACUCUGAAUUAAGGCUACAUCAGGAUUGGAUUGAUGGCAAAUGGAUUGUAACUUGCCGGGGGUUUGAAGUGUGAUUGCUGAAGAGAGAGAGAGAAUAACAUUCAAUCUCUAGGCCUUGGUUAUGGUGAUAGUAGAAGUUAAAUGUCCCCGGCACUGCUGCCUCACAAGUUGCACAUUGGUGGUUGCCUUAACAUCUAAAUUUUAGGCAUUAAACCUCAAUUUUCUUUUGAAGCACCCCUUUAAUUCAUUAUAGUUGAUAAUGUAAAUCCUGCUGGUGUCUAGAAGUUCAUAGCAUCUGUAAUAUGAAUUGACUGUUUAAGUUUUACCUUCUGCAAAUGAGAAUGAUCUCUGUUGCUUCUUUAAA